AUGGCUGACAAGGCCUUGGUGCGUAGACUUUCCGCCUGUGAAACCAUGGGAUCUGCAACAACCAUUUGCAGUGACAAGACUGCAACAUUGACACUAAAUCAGAUGACUGUAGUUGAGGCUUAUGUUGGGAAACAGAAGAUGGAUCCUCCUGAAGACGGUGCUCAGUUGCAUGCAACAAUUUCCUCUCUUCUAGACGAGGGACUUGCACAGAACACUUCCGGCAGUGUUUUUCUAUCUAAUGUAUUCUUUUCAUCAGAGGGUGCAAUGGAGGUUUCGGGAUCUCCAACCGAAAAAGCUGUCCUUCAAUGGGGUGUUAAGUUAGGAAUGAAGUUCGACGUUGUGAAAUCAGAAUCCGUAGUUCUCCAUGUCUCUCCUUUCAAUUCCAUUAAGAAGCGAGGGGGUGUUGCAGUAAGAGGAAAGGAGAGAGAGCUACUAAACUAUUUCCGAUGCACUGUCGUUCUAACUUCCGUUAAAGGCUACCGGAAUAAAGGCAUGCGGUACGAAAUAAGCGAUGGCUGCAGUGUGUAACUGCCUCGGCCCAAGACCUGUUUGAAGGUAAUUUUUGUGCUUCUCGUAUUUUAUUCGAUGUUAGGAACAGUAAAAGUAAAUUAUGCCAUUUUACCUGUCUAUGGCUCUGAUAGGAAAAAUGAACUUCAAGGGCAAGCUGAGGGAGCUCCCGGUAAUGGUUAUGUCGUCGGAGAACGUUUUGCUCGCAGUGAUAGGUAUUAGCC